AGCUAAGCCGAAGAAGGCAGAAGAAGAAACAGUUCGGCGACGAUCUAUGCGCUUGCAAAGAGUAGAGCCGUCGCAAAUUCCGCCGCCGGAGAUGCCUGCCCCGCCGGGAGCAGAGGAACAGAUGAAAGAGAACGAUACCGAAAAGUGCAGGUGUGACAUGAAAAGGUACCAGGACAGCCUGAGCAGCAUGGUCCUCAGUGAAGAGAACGUUAGAAAGGUGGUGAAAUACCGCGUGUGUUCUAUGGCCAUCCAUCCUUCUGAAAGCAUCAUCUUUGUGGCAGCUGGAGACAAGUCCGGGCAGAUUGGUCUGUGGAAUGUGAACUGUGGGUCUGAAGAAGGAGCAUGUGUCUUUAUUCCACACAGUGACCCUGUCAACUGCAUGCAUUUCUCGCCCUUCAAUCCCGCCCACUUGGUGUCCCUGAGCAAUGGCACGCUGCGCUGUGGCGAUGUGACCAGAGCUGUCUUUGACGAGAUAUGCAGAAGUGAAGAAAGCUUCUCGUCCUUCGACUUCUUGGAAGAUAAUGCCUCCACUGCGAUAGUAGGACACUGGGAUGGCGACGUCACCGUGGUGGACAGACGGACCCCAGGAACGUCUCCAGAGCUUUCCGUAGACAUCGGCUUCAAAAGGACGAGGACAGUCCAUGUUCACCCCGUGAAUAAACAGUAUUUCCUUGCUGCUGGCUUAGUGGAUGUUUGUGUUUACGAUGUUCGGUACCUCAAGUCUAAUGGGAACAAGCCCGUGAGCUCUCUCAAAGGACACACAAAAAGUGUUGCUUCUGCCUAUUUCUCGCCCGUAACUGGGAGCAGAGUGGUGACGGUGUGUGCCGAUGAUAAGCUGAGGGUCUACGACACCUCCUCCCUGUCGCCGACAGUCGCGGCGCUCAGCACCAUCAGACACAACAAUAACACAGGCCGCUGGUUAACCAGGUUCAGAGCAAUAUGGGACCCUAAACGGGAAGACUGCUUCGUGGUGGGCAGCAUGGAACGACCCAGACAAAUAGAAGUCUUCCAAGAUACCGGAAAAUUGUUGCACUCUUUUUGUAACAUUGACUGCCUGGCCUCCGUGUGUUCCAUUAACGUGGUCCAUCCCACUAAGAACAUCUUAGUGGGUGGCAACUCCAGUGGCCGCCUUCAUGUGUUCAAAGAAUAA